GUCCUUACGCCAUUGCGCUCCCAUUGGUUUAAACGAAAACCGAGUAGGAACCAAUCAUACAGCUUCCUUUUCGCGCCGGCAGGGUCCUAUAAACUGUUUGCUUUUAGUCACUAAGCUCAUCUGUUUCUUUUCCGCCCGUGUCUUUUUGAAUCUAGACAUGUCCGGACGAGGCAAGCAAGGAGGCAAGGCUCGCGCCAAAGCCAAGACCCGCUCCUCCCGGGCCGGCCUGCAGUUCCCGGUGGGCCGAGUGCACCGCCUGCUCCGCAAGGGCAACUACUCGGAGCGCGUCGGAGCCGGCGCCCCUGUGUACCUGGCGGCGGUGCUGGAGUACCUGACGGCCGAGAUCCUGGAGCUGGCGGGCAACGCGGCCCGCGACAACAAGAAGACCCGCAUCAUCCCGCGCCACCUGCAGCUGGCCAUCCGCAACGACGAGGAACUCAACAAGCUGCUGGGGAAAGUCACCAUCGCUCAGGGUGGUGUCUUACCCAACAUCCAAGCUGUGCUGCUGCCCAAGAAGACGGAGAGCCACCACAAGGCCAAAGGCAAAUAAAACCUUAACAGGAAACCCUAACAAAGGCUCUUUUCAGAGCCACCCA